UUCAUGCGGGUUGUGUGUGCGGAAGUGUUUUACGAUAAUUGAUUUGUUGGUGUACCAUAGCAUUUCGACAAUGCUAACAAAAAUUGCAAUAGUUUAGCAAUAAAAAAGCAUUUUUCUUAAUGCAAUAGCUGUAAAUAAAUUGCGGGAGAGUGUGGAGGUACCAGAAAACAGCCGUAAAAGUGUAAAAAAUUGUCUACUUAGGCGCAGCCGUGGAAAAGUCCAUUUGUUUACAUCUUUCGUGUCAGCUGCAGUUCAAUAACAAGAAAAGAAAAAAAAACCAUCUUCGGCCAGGAGUAAAGUUUUCACAAAAUGGCAAAAAAAAUUUACGAAUAUUCUAUAAUCUGGCUACUGAACUUUGGAUGCUGGCUGCUACUUCUGUGCUGUAAUGUUCAGUCCCAUCUGAAUGUGUAUCUGAAUCCACAGGAGGUGAUGCGGUUAUUAGGUGUAUCCGCUGAGGUAUACUAUGUUCGCGAAGGUCACGUAAACAAUUAUGCUCUCAAUUUCAUAGUACCAGUGCCGGCGAAUGUGCGGGACAUUACUUUUACCUGGCAAAGUUUGGCCGGUCGCCCACUUCCUUACAGCAUUAACGUGGUCUCAACAGAUCAGGAAAUUCUGCCGCGCCCCUUCAUUAACAUCUCCCAGAUCGGUGAAAUACCAACUAACGAGCAAACGUUUGCUAUCGGCCUCAAAUGCUCGGGUAUACGCGCUUCCGAGGUGGACGUAACAAUUUCAAUUGAGGUUAUACUCAAUCGCGCACUCAGCAAUGUAACUCAUUUGGUUUUUCGACGCAAAAGGAUUUGCCUACUCGCCGAACCAGAAGAGAACACAGUGCUUGGACCUGUGUUAUUGGAGACCGCUGUGCCACCUCCCACUGGCAUAUUGACCAUCAUUGUUAGCAGCUCUUUGGCCUUGGCACUCGUUAUCAUUUUGCUCAUGACCGCCUACUGUGUGCGUCGUUCGGCGAAGCGUCAAAACCAUGGUCAACUCAUGCGCACGUCGAGCUUCCAGCGUCUCAACACGAACGUCCCAUGCCAGCAGUCUGCCACUUAUAUCGGUCCACCGUCUAUAAUUUCACCUAUCCAUAGUUCUUUGCCACGCAAAGUGGGAACUCAACAGCCGGAAGAGUUGCAUAGGCGCAUAUCAGAGUUGACUGUGGAGCGUUGCCGUGUGCGUCUGUCAAAUCUACUUCAAGAGGGUACGUUUGGGCGCGUCUACCGUGGUACCUACAAUGACAACCAAGAUGUUCUGGUGAAGACAGUGGCGCAACAUGCAAGUCAAAUGCAAGUCUCUCUACUGCUACAGGAGGGUAUGUCGCUGUAUGGCGCUUCCCAUCAGGGCAUUCUCUCGGUUUUAGGCGUAUCGAUUGAAGACCACACCACACCUUUCGUGCUCUACUCAGCGCCGAAUACCACUCGUAAUCUGAAGCUUUUCCUGUUGGAUCCGUCUUGCGCACGGACGAUAACCACUGUGCAGAUUGUGAUGAUGUCCACCCAAUUGGCGCAGGCUUUGGUACACUUACAUAGCCAUGGAGUUGUACACAAGGAUAUUGCAACGCGAAACUGCGUCAUCGAUGACCAGUUACGCGUUAAGUUGUCAGACAGUUCGCUCUCUCGCGAUCUCUUUCCGGGCGAUUACAAUUGUUUGGGUGACAGCGAAAAUCGUCCUGUAAAGUGGCUUUCUCUGGAAGCUUUGCAGCACAAGCAGUUCUCUGAAGCAAGCGACUCUUGGGCGUUUGGCGUACUUAUGUGGGAGUUGUGUACAUAUGCGAAACAGCCUUACUCAGAGGUAGAUCCUUUCGAAAUGGAACAUUAUUUGAAGGACGGCUAUCGAUUAGCGCAACCAUUCAACUGUCCAGAUGAGCUCUUCACAAUUAUGGCCUACUGUUGGGCGCUUCUACCGGUCGAGCGACCAAUAUUUGCUCAACUGAACGCCUGUCUCUCGGAGUUCUAUGCGCAAGUUACGCGCUACGUGUAAAUGCGGAAAUGAAACAUCUCGCAAAUAUUCGACUGUCCGAAUGCUUCCCUACUCAAAUAGAAAAAAAUAAGUAACAAAGUUUAUGUAAGAAUGAUAAAUAGUAAAUAUAUUUGCAUGUUUGAAUAUUUGCACUCGAAAUAAUACACACACAUUAAAAUGUACCCAGCAAAAUAUGCGACUAAUCCGGGAUGAUUCCGGGAGCAAUCGCAAAGGAAGAUGCGGCUAAUACCACUUUGGAUCUCUCUAUGUAUAUGGAAUGAACUAUUCGCUUUCGUGCGAAACUAAUUGUGUAAGGCGGUGGUUAUGCCACCAAUUUUAAUUGUCAAGCAAAAGAGAAAAAUUGCGGUGAUUCGGUGGUUUGCUGAUUGGCGAGCACAGGGUUGCUUUUUAAGAAAUGCCUUUUUCCAUUCCAUACAAUUUUGCAUACAAUGGCAGCACUAAAGUAAAAGUGCAACUAAAAACGCAUUUAAGUCGAAAAGUUAAAAAUGAAGGAACAACUUAAUAGUUUUUUUUUUAAUAUUAAAUUUGUAUAAUAAUAUUUUUCAUAAUAUAUAUUUUAUAAUACUAACAUAAAAAUAUUUUUUAAUAUUUAACACCAAUACUUUCUCGCAAAAUAGCGUAUUGCUACCCUGAAAGAUGAGCGUGCUGGCUGCAGUGUUGCAAACUAGCGAGAUUUCGCGUAUAAUUUGGGAUAAUGCACUAUAAAAGGGCGCGUGGGAUUUUGCGUUUCUUUAUGGGAUUUCUAGCUAAAGACAAUUUGGUAUUUUAAUUGUUUUUUUUUAUUUGCUGUUCAAUCUCUUCAUUCAAACAUAUAUAGAGCAUUUCAAGUCGUUUUUCCUCAAGCUUUACGUAAUUUCUGUUUAACCUUAAUUUGACAAGUUACAAACUGUUUACAUCUGCCCUGCAGUGAA